AUGGAACAUGCCAGGUCGUUAGGGUCUUCCUCCCUGUCUGAUCAGUCAUUCCGUCCGGACGUGCAGGCGGACGCAGAACCGAUCAUACACAACUCAAUAGCUGGAUCUCAAUGGCGUCAGUCCGAGCCCCAGCUCGUCACAAUUUCACCAAUGCCAAUGUCCCUGCAAGAGCUAAGAGAGUUUCUCCGCAAACCACGAGUUACAUCUACUAGUUCGCAACCUCCGUUGGAUCAGAAUUCUCAUUCUUCCAAACCUACAACAACUGGCUUAGUUAAAAAACUGCCAGACUUGUCAACCGACCACUCUGUUCGGGAACCGAAACACUCUUAUACUAGUCGACAGAAUCGUUUGAGUGAAUGCUCUACUGGCAGCGCAGCCGACUCGAUAACGUCCGAUGUUCGGUGUCCCUAUUGUACCUGUUCACAGUGCAAUCUUGCUUUUGGUGCUGGCGAGGACUGUGCUAGUCCACUCACCUCGGUUGACCGUUUGUGGUCCCCUCCCUCCGAUUCACUGCCUCCCGGGUCGACAACCUAUCGUCCGACCGUCCGACGGAGACGGCUUCCGAGCAGCUGGUCAAACACCGCGGGAGCUGCACAGUCUCUACCGGAACCUGGAAGCGUACAGUGCCACAGCCUAUUGAUUCAACCGCGAUCUUCGUCAGGACGUGCCCACCCUCCACCCUUACUAAAUCUAUCACUGUCAAACGGCAAUACCCCACAAUACGCUCUCACACCCCUUCUUCCCAAUUCGACCAUCAUUCCGGGAAGUCAGUACUUUCCACCCCGACGCUAUCACACCGCCAGCGCCAGUGAAUCGUCUCCUCCGUUUCGUACUGGUGGACCCGAUUGCUCUACAGAUCACUGUCCCUCAGCAAGUGCUGUGCUGAAUCUGAGUGCCAAAGCUUCUCUCGUGUCACUUUCUCCUUCUGCUGCUCCUCUUUGGGCGGAUGCUCCAGUUCACGCGAAGCCACGUACCGGUGGCAACUACGUCUCCCGGGACAUGUUGGUCGCCUGGCACACUAAAAAAAAACGACUUCAGCAGAAACUUCAGUCGUCAUCACCGACCUCAGGCGAGGGCCCUUCAGAUGGACCACCGCCUCUGUCCGGUAAUUGCCCAUUAACAUGUUCCACUCCGAUGCCGGCAAUGGCUUCUGUAGGACCAUCUUUUGUACAACUACAUCCAUGUACUCCUGUCCCGGAGGCCUUGGGAGAAAGCGACGACAUGGCAUCGCUUCGAAACGCGGACCAGCCUGGUUCGCUGAUUGACGAUCAAAAAGUAGUCUCUACGACUCCACUAACCCACACCUACUGCACCGAUCCUCGUGCGCAUUCAUGUUCCUCGGAUUUGACGUGCUCUUCCAGGAAACUGUGCAGCACCGAUCAACUUGGUGGUGCGUGUCAGGAUCCCGCAUUGGCCAGGUCCUACAUUAACGUAGUUCCUCCGUCUCGACGAGCAUGUCUUCAACCGAUAGACGAACGACAGGCCAUGCGGUCAGCGCUUACUCAACCAAUAGCUCGACGACAGUGUUUGGAUAUCAAUGGACCGACCGUUCCACCAGAAGGCAGUUGUUCUGUCGGUAUGCUAUGCAGCUACGUCAACGUGAAUGAGUUGUGUAAAACGAAUGUGACGAAUCUCUCAUGCAGUGCCACGGCGUCACCGCCGGUGGAUAUAGGAUCCCCGGCUAGCUCAAAUUCUGCCAUAUCUUCUGUCGCCCAAUGUUACAUCAAUCUUGCACCGUCGCAACUCGCUUGUUCCUCAAGCAGUCGGUGCCGAGGUUUGCGUGGUAUUCCCGUUGGCCCAGAUGAACCCAACUUUACUUCCUUGGAGUGUCCAUCCCUCGAGUCUGCAACAAUCCUUAACAUGCAUACACCAGGUUGUUCUUCUGUUCCUAGUGCUCUAUCACUAACUUCUACUCCAUCAACCAUCGUUUCUUGCGAUACAUCCGGUAGUGAGGGGACAGUCCGCCUCCACUACGCCCAUCUCACUUUGUCCAGUAACCUAACCAGCCGGUGUUCGAAUGGCAGUGGACCUUCAUCAGUGUUCACCAACUCACCUGCAGGCGAUCAUCUUUCAGGGCACCUGCACGGUAUUCAAUCUGUCCCCAACGCUUUCUCGCCCAAUAUAUUUCCCGUAUCCACCACAUCAGAUACGGAUCCCAAACCCACUUCCGGUGUGAACUAUGUCACCAUCGAUUUGGUUCAAACUAAGGCUCUGUCGGAAGUAGAACAAGAACUACGCUCAAGCACAGCUGUCGAAACUUUGGCACAGCACCGAUCUAUGCUAACCAAGGCACGUGGUUUCAGGAGCAAUCUUCGCCGUGGAUUAGCCGGCGCGAAUUCUACUGCUUCGGCAGCACCUGAAGUGCUACGUACCGGUUCUCGGUUGGAGCGAAUAUCGAGUUACUCUGGACCUGUUUCAUCCAGUUUUGCGCGACGUGUAACGGCUUCAGAUCUGAACAACGCGCCACUGCAUUCUCGAUUGUUCAACUGCCUCGCCCAGUCUCUCAUCGGUGGUAAUGGUGCUUCUACCCGCAAACAACACCCUUGCGGUCGUCGUCGUUCUUCCACCACCGACCCGACCGCUAUGUCAUCGUCUACACCGAACACACUCGCACCAAUUCCUGGUCCUAACGUCAUGCAAAAGUGAACCUGUCUUCCGUAUCUUGCCUACUACAGCCAUAAUGUUUGCUCCCCCGACCCCCGGUAUCAAUAUUCGCCAUCUCCAAAUUCCUUGAAUGCGAUUUAUCAUUCCGACCUCUAUUUUUGUUUGUUUAUUUUUCGAGUGCAACUACCUUUCACUGUGUUAUGGAACUCACCAGCGCGCCACCAUCACGUCUUGAGACUCACUAAUCUCGGGCUUACAAAUCGUCUUCUAUUUCUUGUAUAAUCCUGUUUUUAGGGAGCUGGUCUAUUUUUCUAAACACGCCUUUUGCUGUUCGGUCGGUGUCAACUUGAAGGCUCGCGUUUUUCCACUGACUUUUUCCUGUGUGCAUGCCGGUUUCAAGAGAUGGUCGUUCUGAUGACUCGCUAUGUCAUAGUUACACAUACAAUAGAUAUUCC